AUGGACACCCCGAAAUGGAUGCUGCAGCCCGGCUAUAAAAGGCCCACGUUGCUGGACGCUCUCUUUCUUCAACCUACCAAGUUCACCAUGAGCAACGUAAUUAAGAAGGUUUUCAACUCUGAAAAGAACGAGCCCGAGUCUGAGCUCAAGAACGUGUCCAAGGACGGGUCUGGCAAGGGCGAGAACAUGCUCGAUGAUGCCAAGGAGAAGGUCUCGAACCUUUUCGGAAACAACCAUCAAGACCACCAGGCUGCCAAGAACUCUGCUUCUGGCGUUGCUGGUGGCAAUGCUUCGCAGUCCACUGGCGCUGCUGGCAACUCUGGUUUUGCCGGAUCUACCCCUCAGGCUUGGUCGGCUCAGCAGGGUGGCCAGACUGGCAACCUCGGUUCUGGUAACUCUGCCUCGGCCGUUCAGCCGUCUGAGUCGUACGGUGCCAACCGCACGAACCUGACCCAGACCUCGUCUGUUAACUCGGGUGUGAACGUGGCCGCUGGCAACGUUGACCAGGAUGUGCAGCACCUUGCCCCUGUUACGCACUCUACGCGCCACCGUCAAGAGAUUGAGGAGCUGCACCGCGAGCGCGAGCACGUUAUUCACCAGCACCACAUCCAGCACCACGUGCAGCCCGUGCUGGAGGCUGACUACCUUGCCGAGCAGCUCCACAGCCGUGUUGUGCCCAUGACCACGAUUCGUGAGGUGCACGCCAACACGGACAAGGAUGCUGCCCUGAUGCGCUCUGUUGCCGGCAACCCUCGCGACACCUACACUGAGGCUCCCAUUGAGCGCAGCAUUGUCGACAAGGGCGAGACUGUGCGCGAGAUUGUGCACCACCACAUCCACAACAUUGUGCAGCCGAUUAUUGAGAAGGAUGUGUACGAGUUCCACCGCAUCCGUACCACGAUCCCCAUCACCGAAAUUACUCACGAGGCACCGAUUGUGCACGAGUCGACUGCCCACCAGCCGAUUCGCAAGGAGGACUUUGUUAAGGGCGGUGGCGUCCUCACGUCGUCUACCCGCACCGUUGACGAUGCCGGCCUGUUGAACCUUACUCAGGGUCAGCGCACUGUCGAGGGUGAGUCGUACACUGGCGGCCUUCCUCUUAACGCCUUGUAA